CCAAACCUACUAUGUUAUUAGUCUUUCUGACUUGUCUCACAUGGCAUGACUCACCUGCAAUCAACCAAACUCUGAAACCAAAGACUCUUCUCUUCUCUUCUCUUCUCUUUUCUCCCCCUUCCAUGGAACCCUUCAACUUCCUCAAAUAUUGGAAAGGCGCUGCCAAUGCCACCCCUAACGACCCUUUCUUCGACUUGGAGUUGGCCUUGACCGACGAAGACGAUUCCCAAGACGACACCAACGGAACUCAAAACCACGACGAUGAGGACCAAGAUCAUAACAACCAAUCAGAGCCAGACUCCGACUCCGACUCAGAGAAAGAGUUCAACUUCACGCUUUCUCCUUCCGCUUCCUCCGACCACCCUACCAUUUCCCUCUCUCCCUCUCACCACCUCGUCUUCAACGGAGACAUUCUUAUCAACUCUCAACCCAACUCCAAGCCUCACUUCAGUGCCUCCUUCUUCAAAUCCGCCACCAAGCUCCGCGUCUUCAUGUUGGGCCUCAAGAAGCCCAAGCCCAACGCCCACAACAAACAGCCCAACACCCACUCCAAGAAAAAGCUUUUCACCGUCAACUUCAAGGUCGAAGAGGUUCCCAUCGUCUCCUUCUUCACCAGAGAUAACAGCUCCAGAGCCAAACCCUCCAACACUCAAAACGCAGACCAAACGGAACCGUCACACACCCAGAUUGAAGACAAGCGCUCAAUGCCAAAGUAUUUGAAAAUGGUCAAGCCUCUCUACGUCAGGGUUUCCAAAAGGUACGCCGAAAAGCUCAGGUUUUCCGACCAGGUCGACGGCAUUUCGCCGGAGUCUGCGCCCCCGUGCUCUACGGUGCAGGAGAAAUCCCCGACGGAGGCUGAGGGUUCUCAGACGGAGGGAGCCGCCCCCGCCAACGUGAAGGGGCAGAAACAGGGGAAUGUUCCUCUGCCUGCUGGCCUACGCAAGCAUCUAGGCAAAGGUCGUGCGACACCGCCGCCGCCGCCGCCGUUCGAGUCUUCGAAACGGCGUGAUGAUUCGCUGUUGCAGCAGCAUGAUUGGAUUCAGGGUGCUAUUUUGCAUUGUAAGAGGUCCUUCAAUGCUGCUUCUGAAUGCGAGAGUUCUGAGCUGCCACAAUCUGCGUGCGAUCCAUUGGGCGACGUAUCUCUUGAGUUAUCUGAAAAAUCUACGACUGAGAAGUUAUGAAUAGCAGGUGUUUUGGUUUUCGUAGUAAUUUAUGCAUGUAUAUUGUAUCGGUGUUGUUUCUGAGAGAGUGAAAGAGGAACGGGAUGUUUUUUGAUAAAUUGAUGUGUAUGGUAGCUACCACAUGCAGAACUUUUGAAUGAACAGUGUAAUAGAAGUAGGUCUGAUGAAGAAUUAGGUUUGGGUGGUUGAAAUAAUGAUUGUGUUGAAGGUAGAAUGUUGUCCUCGGGAACCUGGGUGGGUGCUUGUGGAUUAAAGAAAGACAAGGAACAUAAAUUAAUGUGGUUGAAUCAAACAAUAUAUAUAUAUAUAUAUAUAUUUUUUUUUUUUUAUCUUGAAAUUGAUAUUGGACAUAUCCAUCCAUAUCGAUCUAAUUAACAUUUUUUGUAAUGAGACAUAAGCAGUGAAAGUGAGAUAUUAUUGUUUUGGGUUUUGGGAAGGGAAAGUGAGAUGUUGACUGAGACAGAAGUGAGUAUUUAAUGUGUAACACCAAAAAUGAAAGUGAAAGGGACAAGUAAAGAGAAGAAGAAGAAGAAGGAUCUCUUUGUUUGAUUUGAGCGUGCAUGCUGUGCCAUGCUUUGCUUCUCCAACGUCUCUCGUGCCUUUCAGGUAUCGGAAUGGGUGAAAAUCUGUCCCUUCUCCUUUUCCAAAUAAUCUCUGCUUUCCAUUCUAUUUAUUUACUCCUACCAAUUAUCUUCCUUUACAACUUUAUUUUAACAAUUUCAGAACAAAUUAAACUCUCAAAAUACAAAAAUACUACAACUUUAUUAAUCUUAAAAUCAUUUCCUUUCUCUUAUAAGUACGUCCUAAGGUUAUUAACAAUUAUUAAAUUUCUUUAUUCUUAGAAAGAGAAUGAACAAUUAAAUUUAUAGAAAUACAAGUAGUAAAUUUUCAGUGUCAUAAUAACUCCCCAUUACAGCGCAUUCUUUCCAGUCAGACGAGACAAUAAGAUAUCGGUAACCAUCAAAGUAAUAACUCGUCAAAACACUAAAGAUUGACUUGGAAAAGUACAAAGGAAAAUAUGACCUAAAUCUUACUUAAAUAUCAAAAUAAUGCAAAACAUGUUAUUCUC